AUGUUUGUUACCCAAACACACUCCGCCCGCACGCCGCGCAACUACUACCCCGACUCGCCCUUCAACGCGCCGCGCGCACGGGGACGCAACCCGCUCGGUAGCGCACCGAUUCCCGGACCCGGCCUCCCGCCGUGGAUGACGCCGCUGGACCUCGGCGUCGGCACACUCACGCACAUCUGCCCACCGACCAUGGGCUUCGUCAGCGUCACUCCUCAAACCAAGUGGCUCAGCAUCCGGGACGGCCGGCCGUCCAAAGAUGAGGUGGAUGAAGAGGGGAAUAUGAUCCCGGAGAGCCAGGAGAUGGACGAAGAAUGGGACGAAGAAAUGGACCUCGCAGAUCACAAGUUCACCGAUAUCUCGCUCGACAAUCAUGAUGGCACCGAACCGAAAACGACGGCAAUUCAGCCCGUUCGGCCGCCCAAUGUGCAGAUUCUGGCCAAUGGUCUUCGAGAUGUGGUCGCAUCCGCCGUGCCUCUGCAGCAGGCCCGGAAUGACGUCGAGAUAUCGACAAGUCAGAUCAACUCGACAGCCGCUGCCAACGGACUCGCAAACGUGCUUGGACUGUCAGCACUUCCCACGAGGACAGAGACGCGUUGGCAACAUGGUGGCUAG